ACUAGCUAGCUUUCAUGGAAGAGCCAAAGGUUUUGUCUCAGUAGGCAUAACUUACAAAAGUUGCAGAAAAUCCUCAUCUCAUUUCUAAAAUGCCACAUAAAAGUUUUUUUUUUUUUGAUGUUUUUCUUGAAGGGAUAAUUUCUUGAGCUUCAUUACAUAGGUUAGGCAACCCGUAUCUGUUUAAAUCAAGCAACAGAUAGAAACCCUACAUCCGGUGCACCUUUCAACAUGGUAUAUCAUGUUUCAAGUAGACAUAGACAACCUAAAUAUGGUAGGUACCAUGUACGAAGUUUGAAGCCAGUUGAACAUUUUUUUUUUGUAUUAUGAAUAUAUGUCAAGAUAACUAUUUAGAUACUCUACAAUAUAUGAGUACGCUGAUUUAGUUAUAGUAUUAACCAAAAAAAAAAAAGACAGUCCCAAGUUUGAUCAUAUAUAAUUUAAACCCAUAAAAUGAGAUUUAUGUUUCUCUAGUGUGCCUACCUAAAUGAUUGGUCUAAUUUGCUCCCAUUAAAAUAACAAUAUUCUCAUGCACUUCAGAGAGGGACAGAAAGGAACCAAACAAAUUAAAUAUUCCGAUUAAAUCCCAUGCAUGUUCUCAUAUUGGAGACCUUCUGAAGUGCAGUCCUUAUUAAAGGCCACGAAGAUGUAUACAUACACAGAUAGAUACAUAUAUACGCAUACAUAUAUAUAGGAGCACACGGCAGAAGCAAAAUUGACUUCAUAUCAAAACCACGCUUUAAGCUAUCAAAGCGGAUUUCCCAAACUUUCUCAGCUUAAAUUUUCAUUUCAUCUUCCUCUCUAGGAAACCUUCUGUGAUUUUUCUAUCGAACCAUUCUUGCAUAUCCGAAAAAUGAAGCACUUGAGUUUGUCGUUGGUCGGACUUCUGCUUCUAUGUCUCGCCCUUCCUUGCGCCCAAGGGAUUCGGUUGGGAAAAGGUUCAACAUUACUCCUUCAUCAUCAUAUCCAUGUCGAGGUUGCACCUAUAGUGAAAGGCAAUAAUGGAGGAGAGGCUUCCCUUUGUCGGGACAAGGCCUGCUUGGUCAGUACCAUGAAGAAGAAAGCUUCGGGACCGUCCAGAAAAUCAUCGAAAGAUUGGAUACCGAGCAUCCAGGAAGAUUACUAUGGACCUAGAAGGCACAGACCAAGCAUCACAAGCACUAGUUAUAUAUCUUUUGAACAUCAGCUUACAGUUUUCUCAUGUUCAACCUUACUAUCGACUUUUGAGAUCUGACACAUUAGAGCUAGCUGGUUCGGAUAGUUGGAAAUGUUGAAAGCUGAUCAUUCGCGUAGUUUACACUCAUUAGGGCAGUCCUGAAGCCAAAAUUUUUGUUCUCUGACAUUUCUAGCUGGUUAAUUAUUCUGUACUUUUCAGAAGUUAUAUUAGUUGCGUCAUUUUGGAGAAUCGAAACAAGUGUAAUACGAUUCUUGUGUGCUAAUUUAGGGGGCA